UAAAUAGGUCCGUUUUACUCUGGGGGUCAGGACAUCGUUUUUGUGGAGCCCCGCUGUGAGCACUGCACUGCUAUUCUUUGGGGCCGGUCAGGUAAAUCAGCAUUGAAACACACAGUAGCAUGGCUCUGAAUAAUCCCAACCCACUGGGACCAUGGAAGAUCACAGUUUACGACCAGGAAAACUUCCAAGGGAAGCGUUUGGAGUUUACCUCGGCCUGCCAGAACAUCAUGGAGUGUGGCGUCGACAACAUCCGCUCCCUGAAGGUGGAGUGUGGAGCCUGGGCAGGAUAUGAGCACUCCAGCUUCUGUGGACAGCAGUUUGUGCUGGAGAGAGGAGAGUAUCCUCACUGGGAGUCGUGGAGCGGCAGCAACGCCUACCACAUUGAGAGGAUGAUGUCCUUCCGCCCCAUCUGCUCUGCUAACCACAAGGAGUCCAAGAUGGUGUUGUUCGAGAAGGAGAACUUCAUGGGACGCCAGUGGGAGAUAAACGACGACUACCCCUCUCUGCAGGCCAUGGGCUGGGGCAACAACGAGAUUGGAUCCAUGCAAGUUCAGAGCGGCUCCUGGGUGUGCUACCAGUUCCCCGGUUACCGUGGUUACCAGUACAUCAUGGAGUGUGAUCGUCAUGGCGGCGAGUACAAACAUUACAGAGAGUGGGGCUCCCAUGCUCAGUCCUUCCAGGUGCAGUCGCUGCGUCGAAUCCAGCAAUGAGACCUGCAGCCUCCCCUCCCAACCUCUCACUCUUUACCUCCUCCACCUCUUCCUCUUCCUCCCCCCUUCACCCAGUCAUUCCAAGCUUUAGCCAGCUCUGUCAGGCCUUAGGCUGACACUUUGCUGGUGCUUCACAAUCAAGAUGUUUACCGCACUUUUGUUUUGUUCUGUUGCCAAAUGAAAAUAAAGAGAAAUGAUGAAAAGAAAGAAACAGUCACUGAAGAGAAGCCCCUGACUGACGCCCCACUGAGGAGAGAAGAGGAGGAAGUUAAAGGCCUCAUGGCGGCAGGGUGGAGAUGUCACUCAGAGUCAUUGCUCCUCAUAUUUGUGGGUAAAGAUGGUGCUACCAGUGAUCAAUAAAGAACGAAUGGGCAACAUAAAAUAAACAGAAAUACAAGAGUCUGCUGCUAACCUC